UCUACAAGAAAGUUGCGUGCAGUGUGAAAGAUUGCGUGCAGUUUCACGCCGCUGUUAGUUAUUGUUUCGGUUUUGAACAUAAAAACUAGUAUGGCAGAUUCAACAUUUACCGCCAAUCAAACUCCUCUUAUUGGGGAUAUCACCUCUGUGCUGAAAGAAAGUUCCCAUGCAAAACUCUUUCUUGGCAAAUGGUAUAACAGCAAGGACUCAAUAGCCGUGAAAAUACCUUAUCUGGAUUAUGACGAAAGCAAACGACAACGCGAUAUAGACCGGAUAGCACGGGUGAUGAAAAAGAUCUUACCUUUUGAUCACGUUAAUGUUGUUCGGCACUUUCAUCACGAUAUCGGUAUCAUCAAGGCCUCAGUGACCCAUCGCUUUAACACCCUGGACAGCCAAUUUUAUCGGAUUCCACAGUUCCAGAUCGUAAUGGAAUAUUGUUCAGGUGGCACGCUCCAUGACCUUUUAAAAAUCUCCCCCAUCGCUGCACGGUUAUUACAAAAAUGGGCUAGGCAAUUGGCUGAUGGCCUGGCUUAUCUUCACGAACGCCGCUGUGCUCACAAGGAUCUCAAGGGUGACCACAUUUUUCUCUCCUCGCCCGAUGUAAACUGUUGCUGCUUAAAAAUUGGGGGCCUUGUAAAUCUCAAACAAUUAUUGUCGAGUACAACAACUUCCAUGUACUGCGGUGACAUUACCAACAAAGCCAGCUCAUUUGCAUUCAUGUCACCGGAAAUGAUAACCGGUUCCGAGGUCGAAAUCGAGCCCGUUGGGGAAACGAAGAAACUCGGACGUCGAAGUGAUAUAUGGAGUCUGGGAUGCGUGCUGAUUCAGAUGAUCACACGUAGUAUUCCGCAGUUCCUUAAAUAUAAAGACAAUAAGGUCACGGCAAUAACGGGAGAACUGGCGAUUGUAUAUUUUGUCGGUAGCGGAGGGUUUCCCACGAUUCCCAGCGAUAUCCCAGCUCUCCUCAAGCAAAUGAUCGAGCAGUGUCUUGCUAGAGAUCCAAAUGAUCGACCUACCGCCAGUGAGUUACUUCAACAUCCUUUCUUUUCCUGCUGUACGAACAGUAUGGAAGAUCAGUGGAUGCAGAAUUCACCAGCUGGAUGAAAUUCUUGGGUUAUAGAGAACGAAUCGUAAGAUCUGUUGUCAAUAGCAUUUCGUCUGUUACUUAAAAUAAAAUUUAAUGUUAGUGACAGGUGGCAAAAUGCGUAUGAAAACGAUGGUUGUAUUUUCACUUCCUAACCAAGGUUUACUGAAUCUUUCAUGUGAUGCGAAUGUUAAGUUUUUGAAACUUUAUUAAAUGAGCACUCUGCUGUGGAGUCGUAGACGUUUCUUACAGCAUAUCCUUAUAGACACUGGUCAAACUGCUGUUUACACUAAAAACACCUAUGUACUCGGAGAAAACGCAAACGUUGUUUUAUCAUAGUUCGGAAUUAUGUUAUCCACGAUUUUGUAUCGAGCAGUUUCCUGAA